AUGCGCAAGUUAUUGCGAGAUAAAUUUCUUCCAAAAGAUUACAAACAACAGUUGUUUAUUAGACUUCAACACUGUAGACAAGGAGCAAGGUUAGUCGAGGAAUAUGUCGCAGAAUUUUAUAAUCUUCUUGCACGGAAUGAACUGCAUGAAUCAGAAGAACAACUAGUAGCAAGAUUUGUGGAGGGUUUGAAUACUUUGAUUCAACAAGGAAUGGUUCAGUCAGUAUUCACCAUGGUUGAAGCUAUUCAACAGGCGAUUAAAAUUGAAUGUCGACUCCUUCAUUCAGCUAAGAUCUCCCAACCUAGACAAAGUCGUUCCCAAGGUAAUUACAGACCUAAUACUUCUUCUCCAAAUUUUUCUCAAGAAGUUCCUCCAAUGUAUUAUUCAAAGUCUUUGUAUCAAGAUGAUAGUAGUCAUGCUUAUCGUAAACCAGCCUCUACUACACCUUACAUGCCUCCUCCUUUGAAUACUGCACCUAUUUUGCCAACUCCAAUGGAGAUUCAAGAUGUUCAACAGACUCAAGUUCAACAAAACCGAACUGCUGCUACUUCUGGAAAUCGUUUUCCUAGCAGAAAUCAACAACAAUUUCCACCACAACGACAAAACAAUAAUGCUUAUGCCAAGUUUCGAGGAGACAAGUGCAAUAAAUGUCUACAACCUGGACAUAUGUCUAGUGAAUGUCGGAAAAUUAAUGCUUUUAUUGGACAUACUCAGUUCAUUAAUGAAGUCAAUGAUGAUUUUAAUGAACUCGAUGAAGAAGAUUCACCUGAAACUCAAGAUGAAGACGAAUUUGUUGGUAUGAUUCGUCCACUUAUUCUUACACAACCAUGUCCUUCUCAAAGGCACAAUAUUUUUCGAUCAAAGUGCUAUAUUGGUGGUAAAAUUUGUAAUAUUAUCAUUGAUGGUGGAAGUGUUGAAAAUUAUGUUGCUACUCACGUGGUUAAAAAGCUUGGUCUUCCAGUGCAUCCUCAUCCAGUGCCUUACUCUGUAGGAUGGGUUAAUAAAUCAACUACUCAAGAUAUUACUCACCAGUGCUAUGUAACUUUCAAAUUUGAAGGUUAUGAAGAUUCAGUUCUUUGCAAUGUUAUUGAUAUGACUGCAACACAUCUUCUUCUUGGUCGACCCUGGCAGUAUGAUCUUCAAGCAGUACACAAUGGUUUCGAUAAGACUUAUACUUUCAAUUAUAAUUGGAAGACAAAAAUUUUGUGUCCAUCAAAAUCAUCUACAGAUAUUCGAGAAUGUUGUGAAGAAAAAACAAGUGUUAUUGUAGCUACUAUAGUCCAUUCUCUACAACAAAAGCAUUCUUUGAACUCCCAUGAAGAAUCUGAACCUAUGAUUGAGUUACCUGACAAAGUUCAGCCUUUGUUAACUCACUAUAGUGUUUCAUUUCCAGAUGAAUUACCAACUACUCUACCACCAUUAAGGGAUAUUCAGCAUUGUAUUGAUUUCAUUCCAGGAGCCUCUCUACCUAAUCAAGCACAUUACAGGUUGAGUCCUACAGAACAUGAAAUUUUGCAAGGACAAGUAAAUGAUUUACUCCAAAAAUGA